AUGCAUUCUUUAUGCGGUUAAAGGGAUGUUCCCAUAUUCUAGAGACAUACAUUUUGUUUUGAUGAUUAGGACCUGUUACCGAGUUUGCUCAGUGAACUUUGAGUCAUGAAGACAUUCUCAGCAGCACCAUUCUCGUCUCGUCUGAGAGCCAUUGGGACGACAACAUGGUCGCAGCGCAAUGUCACUCAGUCGGCGGGCGCAAUACCUAUCGUUCGUGCGCAAAUUAAGGCCAGGUCAAGGCACGAACAUGCUGUACAAAACCGACAUGAUCGCAGCGGGCCGCUGAAGGGCGUAAAGAUCCUCGACUUGACUCGAGUGCUAGCUGGACCAUUCUGUACUCAGAUUCUUGCUGAUUAUGGUGCUGAUGUCAUCAAAGUAGAGCAUCCCACAGGAGGGGACGACACCAGAUCAUGGCGUACAGAUGGGGAGGACAGCAUAUGGAAUUCAAAGGGUAGGACUAUGUCCGCCUACUUCAGCACCAUCAACCGCAACAAGAAGUCCAUCUCACUCAACCUCAAACACGAAAAGGGACGAGCCAUCUUCUUUGAUCUAGCCAAAAAAUCCGACAUCGUGGUUGACAAUUUUAUUCCCGGAAAGAUGGAUGAGCUAGGCAUCGGGUACGAUGUCUUGCGGCAAAUCAACCCGUCCAUCAUUCACGCGAGCAUCUCAGGUUACGGACCUCAAGGCCCAUACGCUAAGCGCGCCGGAUACGAUGUCAUUGCCGCCGGCGAAGCUGGUCUUCUUCAUAUCACAGGCGAACCAAACGGGCCUCCGACCAAGCCUGGCGUCGGUCUAACAGAUAUGUGUACAGGUCUCUACCUCCACGGUGCCAUACUUGCGGCCCUUCACGCUCGCCAGCAGACUGGUGUGGGACAGAAGUUGGAUGCCUCUCUGUUCGAGACUCAAAUAUCUGUACUGGCCAAUGUUGCGAUGACUUGGCUGAAUAUGGGUCAAGAGGCUAAGCGCUGGGGAACUUCCCAUCCUAGUAUCGUUCCCUACCAGGCGUUCAAGACGAAAGAUGCCUACCUCGUCCUUGGUGCAACGAACAAUAGGCAAUUCAAGAUACUGGCGGAGCGUCUGGGCCUUCCUGAACUCGCAGAUGAUGAUCGAUUCGUCAGCAACGACGCACGCGUGCAGAAUCGACAGGCACUGAAGGUGAUUCUGGACAAAGCUUUCAGUGCCAGCACCACGAGUGAGUGGUUGGCUGUUUUUGAAGGCAGCGGGAUGCCGUACGGUCCCAUCAACACUUUGGAAAAAGUGUUCUCGCAUCCGCAGACGCAGGCUCGUCAGAUGGUGGAAACCGUUCCACAUGAAGCUGCCGCAUCUGGAAGCAUCAAGGUCCUUGGCAUUCCUGUAAAAUACGGCACUACGAAGCCUUCUAUACACAGCCCGCCGCCAGUACUCGGAGAGCAUACGGAUGUCGUGCUGAAGGACCUUGGGAUCUCUGAGCAGGAUAUAUUGACAUUGCGAGCGGAGAAAGCAGUGUGACCACUUCUACCAUAUUCUUUGGGGGGAAAUCACAUUUCCGCCCAGGAGGCGAACCACGAAUUAUUGAACAGAGCGGAGUGACUCUGCCAAGGUACCGCUAUUAUAUUAGUAUACUCCGUACACG